CUGGCGUCACCAGGACAACGGGCGUCGCCGGCGCCGUGUGACUCCGGGCUGUGGGCGCGUUCGCGGCUCUUCGGCCAUGGUUUUCUCAAACAAUGAUGAAGGCCUUAUUAACAAAAAGUUACCUAAAGAACUUCUCUUAAGAAUAUUUUCCUUCCUGGAUAUAGUAACUUUAUGUCGGUGUGCGCAGAUUUCCAAGGCUUGGAACAUCUUAGCCCUGGAUGGAAGCAACUGGCAAAGAAUAGAUCUUUUUAACUUCCAAACAGAUGUGGAGGGCCGAGUGGUGGAAAACAUCUCGAAGCGGUGCGGCGGGUUCCUCAGGAAGCUCAGCCUGCGGGGCUGCAUCGGUGUCGGGGACUCGUCCUUGAAGACCUUUGCACAGAACUGUCGAAACAUUGAACACUUAAACCUCAAUGGGUGCACAAAAAUCACCGACAGCACGUGUUACAGCCUUAGCAGGUUCUGUUCCAAGCUGAAACAUCUGGAUCUGACCUCGUGCGUGUCUAUCACGAACAGUUCCUUAAAGGGGAUCAGUGAGGGCUGCCGAAGCCUGGAGUACCUGAACCUCUCGUGGUGUGACCAGAUCACCAAGGACGGCAUCGAGGCGCUGGUGCGAGGCUGCCGGGGCCUGAAGGCGCUGCUCCUGCGUGGCUGCACACAGUUAGAAGACGAAGCUCUGAGACACAUUGAGAAUUACUGCCCGGAGCUCGCGAGCCUCAACUUACAGUCCUGCUCCCGCAUUACUGAUGAUGGCGUGGUGCAGCUAUGCCAGGGCUGCCACCAGCUGCAGGCCCUGUGCCUGUCGGGCUGCGGCCAGCUCACGGACGCCUCGCUCAUGGCCCUGGGCCUGAACUGCCCACGACUGCAAAUUCUAGAAGCUGCACGGUGCUCCCAACUGACAGAUGCAGGCUUCACCCUCCUGGCUCGGAACUGCCACGAGCUGCAGAAGAUGGAUCUGGAGGAGUGCCUCCUGAUCACCGACAGCACGCUCGUCCAGCUCUCCGUUCACUGCCCUAAGCUGCAGGCGCUGAGCCUGUCGCACUGCGAGCUCAUCACGGACGACGGGAUCCUGCACCUGAGCAACAGCGCCUGCGGCCACGAGCAUCUGCGCAUCCUGGAGCUGGACAACUGCCUGCUCAUCACGGACGCGGCCCUGGAGCACCUGGAGCACUGCCGCGGCCUGGAGCGCCUCGAGCUGUACGACUGCCAGCGGGUCACCCGCGCGGGCAUCAAGCGGAUGCGGGCUCAGCUCCCGCACGUCAAAGUGCACGCCUACUUCGCCCCCGCCACCCCACCGACAGCAGUGGCCGGCAGCGGACAGCGCCUGUGCAGGUGCUGCGUCGUCCUCUGACAGCAGCUGCCCUCCUCGCC